AUGUCUCGUAGAAAUAAUAAUCGUGCCGUAAUUCCACAUUCCGCUGAUAACCAAAUUACACCGUUUAACGCCACUUUAACUCGCAUGGAGGAACAUUUCAACGACAUGAUGCGACAAAUGGAUAUUUUCCGUGAUUUUCGUCACAAUUCCUUAAAUUCUCGCAUAAAAACCGAAAUUCGUGAUGGAAAUUUCUCGCUCAAUAUUGACGUUUCUGAUUUCAAUCCGAACGACGUUCAAGUCGAAAUUCAAAAUCACGAAGUAAUUGUCAAAGCAACACAUCGUCAAAUGUCCCAAAAUAGCCAAAGUGCUCGACAAAUACAAACCCGAUAUUUAUUGCCGUCGAAUGUUGAUCCGACCGAAGCUCAAAUCAACUUGAACGACGGGAUUUUGGUCGUUGAAGCACCAAUGUUGACUCAACAGACACUCACAGCUAAUAAUCGUCAAGCAAUUGGAUUUUAA